GUACGAAAUGGGUCUCCUCGUCCGUGUCGCUCAGAGCUCCCGCCACCUGACCUUCAGCUCUGUCAGGCUCAUCUCUUCCUUCAAGGCAGAGGAACUGCAGGUCCGACUGACCAGCACCCCAGCGGCCAAGCCGGACAACGACAAGCUGACGUUUGGCCACCACUUCACUGACCACAUGCUGGAGAUUGAUUGGUCGGAGAAGCACGGGUGGGCGCCGCCGGUCAUCAAGCCUGUGACCACUCUCAACCUCCACCCGGCCGCCAAAGUCUUCCAUUAUGCCUGCGAGUCGUUUGACACAGCAGAAUUGUUGAAAUGCCUGAAGAAACUCGUCUCCGUAGAUCAAGAGUGGGUGCCCUACUCGGAGAAAUGCUCUCUCUACAUUAGACCGACUUUCAUCGGAAUAGAGUCUGAGUUCAAAGUGACGGAACAGAAACUGACCAUGUCCAGAUUCGUCAAAGCGAUCAGGGAAGGAAGGGUGAAGGAAGUGUUCGGGGCGGGCACAGCCUGUAUCGUGUGUCCGGUGGACAAGAUCCUGUACCAGGGCGAGGAGCUGGUCAUCAGCACCAUGAACGACCCGGAACACCUGACCCAGCGCUUCUACAAGGAGAUCAACGACAUCCACUACUACAGGAAAGCCCACCCGUGGAUGGAAACGAUUGAAGAAGACACUGAUGACGUGCUGCGGACGUUUGGAGCUCAGUGAAACCGGCCUGGCAGGAUUUCUGGCAGACAAAAUGAACUGGCAGUUGAACAAGCGCCUGAGCCACGGACAGACCCGCUGGCCUGCAGUCAGUCAGUGUGAGUGAGGACUCAGAAAGACAUUCUGGCAAAGCCUGGACUAAAGAUCCACUGACCCGUUUGGUGAUAGAUAGCUAACGUUUUCAAGGAUGUUGACAAAGUGUUAGAAUCGAAUUCUGUACAUACAAAGAUCGGUGUGAAUUUUGUUCUUGCUGUUGUGUGUUUUGUAUAUUUAUAUUAUGCCAAGGGGGAAAGUGAGGUGGCGGAAGGAGUGGGGUUGGGGUGGUUGGCCAUUUUUUCCCCCUUGGACUCAAUUUUUGGGAGGGACAUUUUGUCUCUUGAAUUGUCGCUGCUCAGAAAUAUUGGUGUCUAAACUCAUGAUUUCGUGAUUUUAAAUAUUUUUGAGGGCAGAUACAAAAGGAGAGCAUGCAUGAUGUGAUAUUACUGGUCUCCGUUCUGGGGUCUUCACUUCUUUCACGGAGUAAAAUUCCAUCUUUUUAUUCUGUAGUUUAACUUUGAUAUUCACGGGGAUAGAGUCUUUUAUUUAAUUCAUUUUUCUAAAAGGGGUGGGGGUGGGGGGGGGGGUGAUUUGAUGUUGAUAUCCCUGUAAUUUUUCCUGAUCAACAUCUUUGAUAUAGAUUUUUAUACUAGUCUCUUGUCACUCUUCUUUCUCAGUAUUCCUCGAUUCUUUCAGUGAACACUGAGGCCCUUUCGUCUUUUUUAUUUUUUACCUUUUUUUUUUAUUAAGGUGCAUUUUAGAUGACUGUUUCUCAGGUUUUGUGAAAAGAAUUAAUCAAAACUUUAGAAUGGAAUACUAUUGCAGUUUUAUUUUUACCACAAGUUCUUUUUUUCCAAGAGUAUUAGAUGAAGAAGGGAGACCAAUAUCCCCCUUGAGUGACUUAUCUAAGAGAGCAAUGUACUGUGCAGACUAAGACUCAUUGCCUACAAGGAAAAGCCAAAAUCUCUGAUGGAAUUUAAUAUAUGUAUUUGAGGCGUAGCAUUCUCAAAUGGUUAUGUGUUUUGUUACAAUGCUUCUUAUCUAUAAACAAAAAUUUGUCUAUCAUUCUAUUUUUUUGUCUAGUGUGAGUGAAUUUGAUUUGUCAGUCUGAAGCCAGUUAUAAAAAUGUAAUCAUCUGAUAUUUUUAUUUUGUCAGCUUUAUUCCCAAAAUGCCUGUGUCAUAUUUUGAAGUUUUGUGAAAAUGAAAGAAAAGAGCAAUUUAGAGAAAUUUAAAAAAAGAAACAACCCAUGAUUAGCAGCCUUGAUGUUUUUCAAUUAAAGACUCGGAAAGAAAUAGCAAAACAAAAUGGAACUACACUAUAAGACGCCCCUUAAUGUCCUCAUUAAAAAACGGCUUGUCUGGCAAUACAAAAAAACAAACAAACAAAAAA